GGUGCAGCCAAUGGGGAGGGCAGGCGUGGAGUUGGGCGAAGCCCGCUCUGUGAUUGGUGCGUGGCUGUCCAAUCAGGGAGCUUGGGGAAGGAGGGGCGCAGGAGUAGGGGGAUUUUGAGCCGCAGCCAUUGGAUGCCAUGGAAAGGAAAGGGGAAAUUGAGAUAUGUGCCCGGGCCUAUGUCAAGAUGUGUCUCCACGCUGCCCGCUAUCCCCACACGGCUGUGAACGGGCUGCUCUUGGCACAGAAGCGCCGGGCAUCAGUGGCCAAGCAGGCGGACUGCCUCUGCAUUACAGACUGCAUCCCCCUCUUCCACAGCCACCUGUCCCUCACGGUGAUGCUGGAGGUGGCGCUGAACCAGAUUGAUCUCUGGAGCGCAGAGUCAGACUUGCUCCUUGCCGGCUACUACCAGGCCAACUCCGGGAUUGACGACAAAAGCCCUUCCCACCUUGCGCAAAAGACCGCCGGGCGUAUAGCAGAAUUGUACGAUGACACAGUGCUAAUAAUGCUGGAUAACCGCAAGUUUACCACCAAUCCCCGGGUACCUCCGAUUAUCGUGUUGGAACAGAAAGAUCGGCAGUGGCUGCCCAAAGACAAAAACCUGAUCAUGUGGCGCGACUGGGAAUCCUCUCGCCACAUCUGCAAGUCUCUCCUAGAAGCCAAAGCUUACAACCAGCUGGUUGACUUCGAUGUCCACCUGGAUGACAUCAGAGAGGACUGGACCAAUCAGCAGCUCAACACAGAAAUUGCCCAGCUGGUGUCAGUGGCCAAUGGCAGCGCCUGAGGGACUGUGAUUGGUCAGCGGUAGCCAAGAUAAGAGGGUCGAGGAAAGGGGCGGAGACUCAUCUCAGACUGCCCCGCUGUUCCCAUCCACGACAGAAAAAAAGACAAUAUGGCCAGGUGAACGGGUCUGAAAAAUACCUGGGGAUUUCAAGUCGGCUGGUUUUGCUCCUUCCUGCAGAAAAGGGUAUCCCCACAACACUCACUGAAUGCAAAUAAAUCAAUAAAGGGAGGGUGUAGCAGUGAAAAUGUUAACAAUUUCACAGUACAUCAACUCUGUACUUCCGGCUGGUUUCUGAAAUAUAUAUUUAAAAGGUGCUUCUAGGCAGACAGAUUUCCAGACUAUAUUGGUUUUGCUGCAUUUUUUUUUAAGAGUUGUAAUUUAAAAUAAAGCAAAAUUCUUGGCCAAAA